AUGGCACAGUCAAAUGUCAGCAAGUUACCGGAAACCUUGACCUCUCGCCACCUGAAUCGCCCCUCAAUCCUCUCUGGAGCUACCAGAGGAGUCAAACGGACCAGGGCCAAUCAAUGCCGACCUUAUGUCGGCUCUCAGCCCAAUACACCACUACACGGCUGUGCCACGCACCGAUUCCCAGAAUAUGGGGAUAAACGUGAAAUGCCAUCUUCAGGCGACGAGUGUGAAGGUGAAAGCAUCGAUCUUUGGGGACAGAGCCAGUUCUUGGCUGAUGUGCUUGUGGACCAGAGACAAAAGAUAAAAACGAAAGCACUUGAACUCUUUGAGCAGUGGAGAUCAGACAGAAAUUACAUUGCACCGCGGGAGGAUAGAUUGCCCCCUCGAAAAAGGUGCAAAACAUCAUCUGAACAGUUAAUUUAUACACAAACAGAAGAUGAAGAUGACAUCAGCGAUGAGGAGCUGGUGGUGGUUUCUCAACCCCCUUGCACAAAAUCAUUCUUUCAUCUUGCCUGCCCCUUUACGAUCUAUGCACCAGACGAAUAUCGAAAGUGUCUGCUCAAAGAUGAUAUUCAAUCUAUCGAGGAUCUUAAAGAACACCUCUUCCGAUGCCAUUCACGCCCAAUUCACUGCUUGAUCUGCUACAAGGCAUUCGACACGCUGAUCCAACGUGACGACCACGUAUUAACCGAAACGUGCCAGAGGCGCGAUGUAGGUCCCUUGUACGGUCUCAACGAGAGCCAGAAGGCAAAGUUAAUUCGAGGAGACUCUUUGCACUUUGGUGAAAGGAGACGCUGGUAUCGUAUCUGGUCUGUCGUUUUCCCUGGAUCCAAGAACCCGCCCUCUCCGUAUCUGGAUCGAGGCUUGGGAUUGAGCAUCUCCAUGAUGCGGGAUUUCUGGCAGGUAAAUGGGUCUCAAUGUGUCUCUGAUUGUCUUGAGCACGAGGGAUUGACACACGAUCAGGGCGAGAGUGUUGAGCGUGUUUUGUACGAGCUAUUACUCGAGGAUUUACUAGGAGAGAUGGUACAAGAGGACAAUGAUUUUGUCUAUGUGAGAAAGAGUAGAUCGACAUAG